GCCCUGCAGGAUCCGCUGCAGCAGAACAGCAUCCCGGCAGGGUUCCAACUGUACGUGUACGAUCUUCCCGCGGAGUUUAACAGGAACAUCGUCAGCUGCGUGGAGCAGGCGACUGGCGGCUGCUUCCGGCUCGGCAGUUCCGGCAUGGGUCCGGAGUUCGCGCGCCACGGCAACACGUCGUUCCGCCGCACGCACAUGUUCGCACUGGAGGUGAUCCUGCACCACAAGGUGCGCCACAGCCGCCACCGCACCCUGGACCCGCGCGCGGCAGACGCCUUCUACAUCCCCUACUACUCCGGGCUGGCGUGCCUCUGCCCGCACCUGCAGGCCGGCGCCCUGAACCGGCGGCUGGUCUCGCACCUGACGGGCCGGUACCCGUACCUGUCCCGCGGCAAGCCGCACCUCAUGGCACUGGGGAAGAUCGAGCGCGAACAGUGGAGCCCGGACUGCGGCUUCCUGGCGCUGCCCGAGGCCGGCAGCAUCGUGUUCGCCGGGAUAGAGGAGGAGUUCUCCCCGGCACUGCGGGCACACUUCGGCCGGAAGGGCCGCCCUCUCAUCGUGGCGCCGUACCCCGCGUUCGGACAUCUGAUAUCCAGUAGCCAUCAGGAUGAGGCGUCACACGUUGCUGAGCUGAAGGCGUCACACAUUGCCGGCGAGCCAGGUUCGCGGGACGUUUUCGUGUUCCUGGCGGCCAGCUCCAGAAACGCGCACCGCAUCCGAACGGCGCUCAGGCCGCAGUUCCGCGCCACGGACCGGCGCUACAGCCGUGAGGAGGCCAGGCGGAGAGACGGCCGGCCGGUCUGGCUGCUCACUCCAGAGUGCCGGGGGAACUGGGAGGGGAACGUUGUAGAGUGGAUGCGCCAUUCCGUCUUCUGCGUGCAACCCCCCGGAGACUCGCCCACCAGGAAGUCCUUCUACGACGCCGUUGCGUGUGGAUGCGUUCCCGUGACCUUCACCCUUGACCACCCGGUUCGAUACCCGUUCGACAAAGUGCUGAACUACAGCGAGUUCACGGUCAGCAUAGACGGGACAGACGUGACGGAGAGGAACAGCUCAAUCCUGGACAUACUCCGGAACAUCCCGCCAGAGAGAAUAAAGCUGCUGCAGGACAACCUGAGGAAGGUCGCGCCCCUCCUGCAGUACUCCUACCCCCCCUCAGUCCCGAGUCAUGACGCGUUCUCCAUGGUGAUGGCGGAAAUGGCGCGCCAUUUUCAGGAACCCCGAAACCAGUAG